UAUGGUAUAAUACUAGCACGGCACAUCUGGCUACACCGUGUUUAGAUACCCAGAUUAGAAACCUACACGGUACGUCGCGCAUCGUAUGCACAUAUACUUCCGACGAUGUCGAACCGUCAAAAUUUCGGCAGGUUUCCGUUGCUGUUUUUGCUUCUGGCUGUUGACAUCAGUUUAGGGGACCUGAAUAACUUUUGCGACGAGGAAAUCUCUCAGCGGCUUGACGUUAAGUUCAGUGGCGAAGUUCUCAUUUCAUACGGAGGUGCAUUACCUAUUACAUUAUUCCAAGAACCGGGGACCGGAAAGGAAUCUCCUCUCGUCCGUUAUGAAAGGGCUUCUGGGGAAGAUUUCUACACACUUCUGAUGAUUGACCCGGAUGCCCCUCAGUCGCCCUGGCUUCAUUGGCUGGUCAUGAAUAUCAAGGGCGAUGAUCUAAACGACUUUGGAGAUUUAAAAGGAGAUACAGUAACCGAAUACGCUCCUCCCACUCCUCCAGCUGGUAGUGGUUACCACCGUUACUUUUUCUAUCUCUACUACCAACCUCACGGCGCGGUUUCAUCGGAUCUUGGCUUUGCGGUUCCAAGUAGAGCCCGUUUCGACGUGGGUGCCCUUUUGGAAGAGUAUGGCCUGGAAUGCGAGGCCAUACAUUAUUUCAAGACUCGGUCCGAAUAAAAACCAUUAUAUUCGUAGAGCAGUUUCCAGAAAUGGAUAGAAAAUACAAUUUCAAGAUAAAAGCACUUCAAGAAUGAUAAAAUAUUUCAAAAAUGAUUUCCUUCCAA